UGGUGGUUGUAGGAAUGGGGUAUAGAGAAUCUAUGGAGAGAUCUGAAGCCUGAGAAAAUACAAACACACACAUGACAUCUACAACUACAACUAUACUUCUUGAUCACUAACUAUUUCUUUUUUCUUUCUUCUUUCUUCUUUCUUCUUUCUUCUUCACUCACUUCUUCAUGAAAACCUCAAAUAUUACCACACCCCACCACCUAUAGCUCCCAUUUCUUCCCAUUUUCUUCUAAAACUUCCCCUAUAAUGUCAAAACCAUCAUAAUUUUGAGAUUUUGAAAAAUAAAAUAAAAAUAUAACUACAUAUUUUCCUUGGAUAUUCGUCAUUCUAGCUACAGGCUUCUGAUCUUGAAGAGAAGAAGAAGAAGAAGAAGAAGAAAGAAGAAGAAAGAAGAAGAAGAAGAAGAAGAAAAGCGAGAAGAAGGAAAAUGGAGUUGAAGAAAACAGAAGUUGAGGAGAAAGUACAACAACAACACCACCAUUUCCAUGUAUUGGCUGUUGAUGAUAGUCUUAUUGAUAGAAAGCUUUUGGAAAAGCUCUUAACAAUUUCUUCAUGUCAAGUUACCUGUGUUGAGUCUGGUGAUAAAGCUCUUAGAUAUUUGGGCCUUCUUGAUCAUGAUCUUGAUCCAUUUUCUUCUUCUUCAUUUUCUUCCUCACAACUCUCCCAACAUCAGGAAGUCAAAGUCAACCUAAUCAUGACAGAUUUCUGUAUGCCUGGGAUGAGUGGUUAUGAUCUACUCAAACGACUCAAGGGAUCUUAUUGGAAGGAUAUUCCUGUUGUUGUGAUGUCAUCAGAGAACGAGCCAUCAAGAAUCAACAUGUGUUUAGAGGAAGGGGCAGAGGAAUUCCUUCUAAAGCCCCUUCAAUUAUCGGAUGUCAAAAAGCUCGAGCCUCGCCUUCAAAAAUCUAUCACCCGUUGUGCUUCUGAUCAACAAAUCAAGGAACAACAAACAACACUUGGAAUUGGAAUCGGAAUCGCUAUCGAUGACGAAGAAAACUCGAAAUUAGAAGAGAGUAAGAAUAGCGUUAAUAAUAGUAGUAGUAGUAAUAAUAACAACAACAAUAAUAAUAGCUUGAGCAAAAGAAAGGCGGCAACUGCGGAGCAUUGUGAAGAAAGAUCACGACCAAAACUGAAAGAAUUGCAAGCUGGAGGGUAAAGUUGGAAAUGGGGCAUUGGCAUUUCGCCGAACACCUCGGCUGCAAUCAUCUGGGAGUUGUUUGAUACCAAGCGGAGAAAAAGGGGAAUUUGGAGAUGUAAAAUGGAUUGUUGUUUUGUAUACCGUAAUUUAUUUGGUAAUGAAUGUGUUUGUGUUGGAUGGAUGGAUGGAUGAAGAUGGAGGAAAGUCUCCCAAAAUUGGAAUGUUUUUGGAGGGUAAUCAAUUAAUUCUAAUUUGAACA